UUUCUGGGAGGAGUGUGGCAGGCAAAGAAAACAGCAAUAACUAAUGGUUCAAACCGGGCAGUGUGAGUGAGACGUGGACGUAACCAGAUAGAUCAAGUUCCUCGGGAAUACCUUGUCUAGGCCGUCUUUUAGACGACCCUGUCGGUCCACACUUUUAAUGACCGAGGAGGUAAACGGGACCCGUGAAUAAAAAGAGAGCAGGCGGAGACGGCGACAUCAAAGGGACUAGAUGUAGCUCCCUAGCGCCGUUCAGACCAUUAUUCAACACACGAGCCGAACAGCCUCUCAAAGCAGGAGUGAGUUAGCUUUGUAGCAAGCCACUUUUGGUAAUUGUUGGCGUUUUGUUGCUCAUGUUAAGCCCACUCUCCAUAACUGCCGUUUGCAUGUAUGGCCGCUGAUACAGUCUACGAAUAGCAUCCAUUUCAUUUUGUUUUGAAGCUUUUCUCCCCUUCGGAGCCUCCUGGUUUUGUCUUUUCAGGGGAAGAAAAGAGGUGCGCACGCGCGCCGCGUACAGCUACUCAUAAAAACAACAGUAUCAUACUAUAGGCUAAUAUUUUGUGAGCCGUACCCUCCCAUGCCAAAGAAGAACUACAGUUUGUAGAGUCCUGGUUGAGUAGCGUUUUCUCGUUUUCUUCAGAUAAAUAAACAGUAAAGGCAGCCGCACUUCGAUUUUUUCCCUUUGUUAUUCAGACCAAGACAAGGAGAUAGCUCCAGCUGAGGCAACACGGCUCCCAGUUUUGAGUCCUGCAUGUUUUUUUGGGAAACUUUUAAACCUCUCGGUAUUCUCUGUUCGGGAAUUUGGAGAGGGAAACCCCUUUGUAGUCAUCCUCCUCCCAGCUCUCCCUCCACAAUAAGUGGCACAUUGGAGGUAUGGAUGACCAGGCCCGCAUGAUGUUGGGUCAUCUUGGACUAAAUGGACUGUCUCAGGAGGAUGUGGGCGACCCUGACAACAUAAGGAAGCAUCAUACCCUCGGCCAGCCACAGCAGGACAUUGGUGACAUCCUCCAGCAGAUCAUGGCUAUCACAGAUGAGAGUCUUGAUGAGGCCCAGGCCAGGAAACAUGCUUUAAACUGCCACAGAAUGAAGCCCGCCCUCUUCAGUGUCCUGUGCGACAUCAAGGAAAGGACAGCCCUGGGUAUCCGAGGCGUCCAAGAAGAGGACUGUCCAGACCCUCAGAUCAUGCGACUAGACAACAUGCUGUUAGCAGAGGGGGUUACGGGCCCGGAGAGGGGCGGGGCCUCGGCAGCGGCGGCAGCGGCUGCCGUGGCAGCUGGAGGGUCACCUAAUGAGGGAGCCUUACAACACACUGAGUACAGAGAGAAGCUCGCUCAGAUACGAAAGAUGUACCACGCUGAGCUGGAGAAAUAUGAACAGGCAUGCAAUGAAUUCACUGACCAUGUGAUGAACCUGCUGAGGGAACAGUCCCGUACUCGGCCUGUCUCACCCAAAGAGAUAGAGCGAAUGGUGGGAAUCAUCCACCGCAAGUUCAGCACUAUCCAGAUGCAGUUAAAGCAGAGCACAUGUGAAGCCGUCAUGAUCCUACGCUCCAGGUUCCUGGAUGCCAGGCGGAAACGAAGAAACUUCAGCAAGCAGGCGGCAGAGGUUUUGAAUGAAUAUUUUUACUCCCAUCUGGCAAACCCCUACCCCAGUGAGGAAGCCAAGGAGGAGCUGGCCAGGAAGUGUUCCAUCACAGUUUCUCAGGUGGCCAACUGGUUUGGAAACAAGAGGAUUCGGUAUAAGAAGAAUGUUGCAAAGCUCCAGGACGAAGCUACCCUGUAUGCUAGGAAGUCAGCUGCUAGUGUAUCUUCACAGGCAAGCCAAGCCAACUCCCCAGCCACACCAAACUCAGGAGGAUACCCAGCCCCGUGUUUCACUCCUGAUGGGAGGUAAUGAGGACCUGCCUGGAGGAACUUCCCUCGUCAGGGUCUCCAUGUUGAUGAUGGCUGGCAGGACAGUGGUUAUCCCUCUUCCUGUCUCCCCCCACCCCGAGCACCAUGCAGCAAGCACUACGUCACCUCCAGCUGAUGCUCCACCUUCCCUCCUCGCUCCCCAUCCUGCUCCUCAGAAUAAUACAGCCCAGGCUGUAGGCUGAUCUCCAGCCGAGCCGCAAACAGACUCUUUAGCAUUCUCAGAACUUAUUUUGUUUUGCUUUGAAAUGCUGAUCCUUUUCCCACAUCUGUCCCACAAGUUAUUAUUAUUAUUAUUUUUAAAUCCUUCCACUUUACAAAUGUGUUGACACCUUUAAUUGUUUGUUUAUUUUUACAAUUACUCACCACAUUUUUCUUCUAUUUAAAAAAAAGUUAAAUAAAUGAUGGAAAUAAUUUUUCCUUGAAGGUUUAGGGCCUAAAUCUGGCCUUGAACCCAGAUGUGGAUUCAUCAUUUUAUUUAAAAAUAUAAGAAUUAUAAUUAUUCUUAAUUAUAAGAAUAAAAAGAAGAAACAAUUAGAUUAGAAAAAAACAUUAGAAAAAAAGGACAAAAAGAAAGCAUGUAGUUAUUUUUAGAUGUUAAACUACAAUUUAAUUAUUUCUUUUCUCUAAGGUUUUUUAAGAAAAGGUUUGUCACUGAGAAAAUACAUUUAAAGAGUACAACAGAAACAUCUAAAUGGCAGAAAUGACCAAAAAUUAAUAAACACAUUUUCACUUAUUACAUUUUUGUAUCCUGUGGUGUUGCUUCAAACAAGAACUGGGUUGAAGUUUGUUUGUAUUUAUGUGAUUGUAAAUACAAUAUUGCUUUAACAGCUAAUGAUGUUUCUUAAAAGCAACCAAACCAAAGAGGCUUUAACCCAGGAGAUCAGGAUCAGUGUGUUGUGCCCAUGUGCACACAGUUAAGAUGGGAUCAUGUAUGUUUUUAGUCAUCUGUGCCCUCUUCUGGACAUUUUGAAACAACUCUGUCUUUCAUGCCAAACCAAGCUUACAGAGGAAUGUUUCCUCCACAAACUCUUGUUUUUGCUGCCUUUCUUUGUUUUCACACCUUUCUUUUGCUAGUUGAUCUUGAAAUAGCGAAUGUCAACAAAUCCUGAGACCUGAUUAACAGAGAACAGGCUUUAUAUCUAACUAUUAGUCAUUUAUCUGCUGGAGGAGCUGCAGAGGUGGACAUUAGUCCAGGAGCAUUUGAUAAUGUAGUGAAAGCCACACAAUGUAAUAGCUUGUUAGUAUGAUAAAAUGUCCCUCAAUUGGCCAAAAAAUGUUUAACAACAAAAGAACAUUGCUACAUGUGUAAUUAUUGCAAUAAAUUGUGAUUAUGACUUGACAGUAUGUAAUGUACCUAUAGGAUGAUGCUGUCAUAAUGAUUACAUGAGUCUUAGAAGGCUAUGAUUUAAUUAGUUAAAACUACACUCCUUAAGACCUUACAAUAACUGCUCUUUGUUAUCUGUACUGUUACAUUACCCAGAAAUGUGUUGUAUUAACAGAUUUCAUUACUUGUGCAGCCCAUUAAGAUGAACUUUUUAUUGCAUUUUGUUAUUCUGCAAACAUUAAAGUCAACUGCUAUGUAUCCUG